AUGGCUCCCGCAAACACUCUUCCAGCCUGGUCGGAGCUCAACGCUCACCGCGACACCAUCAGCAAAUCGUUUGUCCUCAAGGAAGCCUUUGCCUCGGACCCGGACCGCUUCAACCGCUUCACCCGCACAUUCAAGGCCCCCGGAACCUCGGCCGAUAUCCUCUUUGACUUUUCCAAGAACUUCCUGACCGACGAAACCCUCGACCUCCUGGUCAAGCUUGCCGAGCAGGCUGGUGUCGAGCGCAAGCGCGAUGCCCUCUUCCGCGGCGACAAGGUCAACUUUACUGAGAACCGCGCCGUCUUCCACCCCGCCCUACGCAAUGUCAGCGGCUGGGAGAUGAAGGUUGACGGGCAAGACGUCAUGGACGUCCCCGGCGGCGUCAACGACGUCCUCAAACACAUGAAGGAGUUUUCCGAGCAGGUCCGAAGCGGUGAAUGGACCGGCUUCACCGGCAAGAAGCUUACUACCGUUGUCAACAUCGGAAUUGGUGGCUCCGACCUUGGUCCCGUCAUGGUGACCGAGGCGCUCAAGCACUAUGGCGCCAAGGACAUGACCCUUCACUUCGUGUCCAACAUCGACGGCACUCACAUCACCGAAGCCCUCGCCAACUCGGAUCCCGAGACGACCCUGUUCCUCAUUGCCUCCAAGACCUUUACCACUGCUGAGACGACCACCAACGCCAACACUGCCAAGUCAUGGUUCCUCGAGAAGACGGACAACAAGGGCGAUAUUGCCAAGCACUUUGUUGCGCUGUCGACCAACGAAGCCGAAGUGACCAAAUUCGGCAUUGACAGCAAGAACAUGUUUGGCUUUGAGAGCUGGGUCGGCGGUCGCUACUCUGUCUGGAGUGCCAUCGGCCUGAGCGUUGCGCUGUACAUUGGCUUUGACAACUUCCACAAGUUCCUCAGCGGUGCCCAUGCCAUGGACAAGCACUUCAAAGAGACUCCCCUCAAGGAGAACAUUCCCCUCCUUGGUGGUCUUCUGAGUGUCUGGUACUCUGACUUUUUCCAGGCGCAGACUCACCUGGUUGCUCCUUUCGACCAGUACUUGCACCGCUUCCCUGCGUAUCUCCAGCAGCUCUCUAUGGAAUCUAACGGCAAGUCGAUUUCUUCUGACGGCUCUGCUGUUAAGUACACUACUGGCCCUAUUCUGUUUGGUGAGCCUUGCACCAACGCGCAGCACUCGUUCUUCCAGCUCGUACACCAGGGUACUAAGCUCAUCCCCACCGACUUCAUUCUGGCUGCCCAGUCGCACAACCCUGUUUCACAGAACCUGCACCAGAAGAUGCUUGCCUCCAACUACCUGGCUCAGGCUGAGGCCUUGAUGGUUGGCAAGACUGACGAGGAGGUGCAGGCGGAGGGUACCACUGGCGACCUCGUUCCUCACAAGCGCUUCCUAGGCAACCGGCCUACGACUUCGAUCCUGGUUGGCGGCAGCAUUGGCCCUGCUGAGCUGGGUGCUCUGAUCGUAUACUACGAGCACCUGACGUUUACGGAGGGUGCAAUCUGGGACAUUAACAGCUUCGACCAGUGGGGUGUCGAGCUUGGCAAGGUCUUGGCCAAGAAGAUCCUCAAGGAGAUUGAUGAGUCCGGCAACGGCGAGGGCCACGAUGCCUCGACUGGAGGCCUGCUGAGCGCUUUCAAGAAGUACUCCAAGAUUUAG